AUGGAGCCCGCUAUCAAGAAACUCUCAAGCACUCCUGAAGAUGGCCUCGCCAGCAGCCCCGAGCCCACCACGGCGCACGUCCAAGACGACCCUGCCAACAGCCCCAAGCCCAUCGCGGAGGACGUUGAACCCAUCCGAGCGCGCGCUGACCCCAUCACCAAGCCCAACACAUCGGCUGAACAAGGAACCAGCGGAACUGCCCCGGCACCACAGAUGGCAGCCGGACGAUCACCUGUGAGGAAGAAUUCCGACGCAGCCGUCGCAUCUUCGAUCAAGAGCACGGGUUAG